GCCACGAGAGCCCAAUGGAGCACAGUUCCACUCUGACACAUGGGGUUGCUAUGAGUUGGAAGUGAUUUGAUGGCAACUGGUUUGGAUUUUUACUCAGAUCCUUGGAGUGAGCAAAACACUGCUCUCUUUCAGGUCCAGGAGCUUCGGGCCCAACUUGCCUUGCCCAGCCGACAUUCCUGGGUUUCAGAUCUUUGAUCUGAAAACAGUAGCAAAGAUUGCCAUAAUCGCUGCUGAUCCACUGAGGUCUUUGUCAUAAGAGGGAUCACAGGAAACAUCUGACUACUCUGCCAUCUUGGUCUACUCUGCCUCAAAGGUGUUUCCUGGUUGAGUGUUAGAGCCCACCAGCAACAUGCCAGAACAGAGCAAUGAUUACCGGGUGGCUGUAUUUGGGGCAGGUGGUGUUGGCAAGAGCUCCCUGGUCUUGAGGUUUGUGAAAGGCACGUUCCGAGAGAGCUACAUCCCGACAGUAGAAGACACCUACCGGCAGGUGAUCAGCUGCGAUAAGAGCAUAUGCACACUGCAGAUCACCGACACGACCGGCAGCCACCAGUUCCCUGCCAUGCAGCGUCUGUCCAUCUCCAAAGGGCACGCCUUCAUCCUGGUGUACUCCAUCACCAGCCGGCAGUCCCUGGAAGAGCUCAAACCCAUCUACGAACAAAUCUGCGAGAUCAAAGGGGACGUAGAGAGCAUCCCCAUCAUGCUGGUGGGGAACAAGUGUGACGAGAGCCCGAACCGCGAAGUGGAGAGCAGCGAGGCAGAAGCCUUGGCCCGGAAAUGGAAGUGCGCCUUCAUGGAGACCUCGGCCAAGCUCAACCACAACGUGAAGGAGCUCUUCCAGGAGCUGCUCAACCUAGAGAAGCGCAGGACUGUGAGCCUACAGAUCGACGGGAAAAAGAGCAAGCAGCAGAAAAGGAAAGAAAAGCUCAAAGGCAAAUGUGUGGUUAUGUAAGCGCCCUUUCAGUGGGAGGAGCAGUUGCGUGGCCCUGGUUGCCUCAUUUCCCCUCCUCCAGCGUGAAACCCACUGUUGUCAGGGUAGCAUGUACGAUGCCCACGUGUAAAAUGUUGCAUUUUGACAGAGAUAUGCCCUUUUGUCCUCAAAGAGGGCAUGUCACACCACCAACAAUAAGCACCCCCUCUCCAGAAUCCCAAACUCUGCCAGUCACAAUGAAAACCAAUCUGCUCAGCAUCUCAGGAAACUUGAAAGAGGCGCUGAUUUCCGAAGGCAUCAUUCUCCACUAGAAGGAGCUAGGACUUGUCCGCAUGGCAGCAGCCUAUGCUGAGAGGACGAAGUAUCAUCUCCAUGCAUGUGAGCAUGUUAACGUUGAGCUACAGGUGUUUCUCUCAGCUCAGUAUUAAGUCUUUGGGGGAGGGGACAGGCAGGAGAAGGUGAGAAGACAGACCAAAACUGUUCCCUUUGAUAGUGUUUUAACUGGAUUAAAAAUAACCUCACUAGCCUCUCCCAAAGGAUGCCGAUUCUCAUGCCCAUUGACCUGUUAGGGUCUUCACUACCCUGGUGGGGGGUGGGGUGUACUCACCUCUCCUAGACCUAGUUAGCAAGCAUUGUCUGAUCUUUAGAGUAUUUUCACAUUCAAUGAUAAGUUAUCUAAUUGUGUGCUGCUCUGUCAGAAGUUCUUUAAUUUUGGAGUGAAAAUAUUGUGACAUUACUAAAACAUCGCAAUAACAUUCCUGAGUGUUGUACUUGGAGGGUUUUAGAAAUGUGAGUGUUCCUUCCUUUGACCGAUGAAGGGUAUAACUUUCUCCCAACCCUCAGAUUUUAAAUAAAAGCAAAUAAAGUAGCUAUUUUUAGACUAAUUUUUUCCUUCAAGAUGGUUUUCCUCUCUUAAAUGACUUGAUCUGUGUCCUGUUGGAUGACAAGCAACAAAGAUCAUUGACAACCACAAGCACAUUCAUUUUUCUAAGGGACACGAAUGUGUGUAAGCCACACUUUGCAGCUUAACAAAAUGUUUGAAACAGAAGUUGUUCACUGUGUUUCUGAUGAUCUCUCUACCUAUAAAAAAAAAUAUCACAAGUAUAUUCCUGGUAAAUGCAUUCAAGUAAUAGUAAAUUAUCACACAUGUUCAAUUAUAAAGGUCUUCUAAGAGUUGUUCAAUGCAGCGUUAACUCUAGAAAUAAUCAUCUUCCUAGUAAUUUUGUGUGAAUCUUUAAUCCUUCAAACCAAGUUAUGGUCAUUGCCAGCUACUGUGUGCUGACACAGAAGAUGGGGAGGAGCUAGACACCAGGCAGCUGCUCUCUCCUUGGCAGAGCCUAUCAGCUGGUUGCUUUGCCAUCGUAGAGCCCAGUGUGGCUGAGCUUCCUGAACAUUUCAACUGACAGGGCUUCUCAGUGCCCCUGUGUCUGUCAGUUAGUCACCAUAAUGGACACUGUCCCCUGUGGAAUCUUCCUCUUCCUAAUGAAACAUCUAGCAGGCAAAGGAAGCUGGAGUACUGGCUCGUACGGGUGAGCUGCUUGGCUCUGGGGCUGUAGUGCCAGCCCCAGGCAGAGUUCUGGAGUUUGAGAUGCUUGUCUUCAGCACAUACCCUGUUGGGUCUUCUCUCUUGGGCACCUGGUUUCUUUUUACUGCCUCUUCACAGCAGGGAUUACAACACCUCAGUCCUCCUAAGCACACUUAAGCUGUCAACAUCUCAUAUUUUUCUUUAGCCUUUUCUUGUUUAAUUUCUUUUCCCUGGUCUCACCCUCACUGCUCUACCAAUACAUUACCCUUGUGAUACAAUUAGUGUGUGGAAGGCACCUUUGAGAACAGUUUGGCUCUGUGGUCUUACCACCUCCCUGGUCUUUAGCAGUGACCUUCUAGAACAAACCAUCUCUGGCUUUACCAAGGAUAGGGAAUAUUCAUCUGGAGAAAGGAGACAAGGAAGUGUCCUGGAGCCUGUGGGGUGGAGCCCGAGGUCUCGAGACCCUCUUUAAACCCAAGUGGGCACACCCUCAAAUAGGCUUGCUCUGUUCCAGAAGGUUGACUUGAGCCUUCAUGGUGAGAUCUAGUUUGUGGAUUUUUUAAUAGUAUUUGUUUUUCAACUGUCCCCAUAUUUUUCCAUUUUUAUUCUCAGAGAAUGUCAUAAGUUUGUAAUCUGGAGAUGAUUAAAUGGCAGAAGAAACAGAACUUCAUAACCACAGUGGGGUUUAUAGAGUUUGGAUUUGUUCUUUGCUAACAGUAAAAUAUGGUAUCUACCACUGAUCCUAAGGACAGUAAGGCUUCCAAUGUGAAUGUCCCUACAAACAGUACUUUUUCUACUAAUUGCAAAUCAGAAUUGCUUUUAGCCCUUUCAAACCAAUACCUACAUUUGUGUUUAGAGCUUUAUUUGAAUCCUUGAGUGGUGCAGAUGGUUCACCCUGUGGAAUACAGUUCUACUCUGACACACAUGGGAUCGCCAUGAGUUGGAGUCAACAGUAACAGGGUUGAGAACUUCAUAUGAGAAGCUUGUAAUGAUUGUAAAUCAAAUUUCUUUCAGGAAACCCUCUGUUCCUUCAUAUUUUGCCUGUGAGUUUUAUAGGAAGGCUUUUGGAACCUCAAUCCCUGGCCUUCAUACUGAGAUCAUUUUUCCAUGAACUGAACUGAAGAUAAAAAACCCAAAACCCAGUGCCAUCGAGUCGAUUCUGACUCAUAGCAACCCUAUAGGACAGGGUAGAACUGCCCCAUAGAGUUUCCAAGGAGCACCUGGCGGAUUUGAAUUGCUGACCCUUUGGUUAGCAGCCGUAGCACUUAACCACUACGCCACCAGGGUUUCCAAACUGAAGAUAUGGGUGGUUAUUUCAAACUAAUCUUUUAGAAGCACCCCAACUGACUCAGGGUUUGAGAAACAAAUGCCAUUGAAUCAGAAGUUUUCAGCAUUUAUAUGGCUACGUACCCGUGUGUAGUUUGGGUUCUUGAGAACACAACUUACAUUAUAUCUGGGCACAGACAUUUUUGACCUAGCCACAGAAAGUUAUGGAACUCAAAAUUUACUGCUUUGAAGAUGACAACGUGGGAACAAGCAUGGGCUUGAGUUCCCUUCUGUCUCUACCGGUCCCUUUUCCAUCCAGUGACAAGCCAUGAGUGUGCCCUGGGCAUGCAUGCAAUACAGCAAGACCAACACAAGAGCAAUAUUGAAUUGUUCAUCAUAGCUAAAAUUAUAUAUAUGUGUGUUAUUUAUCUUCUUGCAUUUUUGACAUAUAAAGUAGUAAAUUGUACAUAUCUAUAAGCAGGUGUAUUUGCUUCACUGUUUGUAAUAUUUAAGAAAUGCUCAUUCUUUGUAGAACACAAAAUGUAUUCAAUAUAAAAAAUUCCUCUGUGGUAAUUUUUUUUCAAAAAUUUCAAUGUGUUGCUCCUACAUAAACUCUUUGAAAAUAUCUAUGACUAAGGGAACAUAUGUCAACCCUCUAAGGUACGUCCUGGAAUUCAGUACACCACAAGGACAGUCUGUGGACAAAGUAUUUACAGAGCAUGAUUUUUAUACUUGUGGGAUAUCAGUGUGUAUAUUUAUAUUUAAAGUGUAUUAUUGUUACAAUUUAUAUUUAAAGUGUAUUAUUGUUACAACUUCAUUAUUUUAUUUACUCUGAAGUUAUAAAAAUCUCCCUUGCAUACAUGUUUCUAGUUGGCAGUGAUGUUCUGACUAAAACAAAAGAUAUGAAAAUAAAGCUUCAAUUAGGACAAUCUGGCUGGAAGAUGAUGCUGUUUAUUAUUAUUAUUAUUUUGAUUUGGAUGGUCUAUGAACAGUGGAGGUUCAGUGGUAGAAUUAUCGCCAUCCCUGUGGUGAUGAGUGUUGGAUUCCCAGCCAACACACCUCCGCUCAGCCACCACCUGUCAGUGGAGGCUUGUGUGUUGCUAUGAUGCUGAACAGGAUUCAGUGGACCUUCCAGACUAAGACAGACUGGGAAGAAAGGCCUGGAGAUCUGCUUCUGAAAAUCAACGAAUAUAAACCCUAUGGAUCACAAUGGCCUGAUGUGUAACCAAUCAUGGGAAUGGUGCAGGACUGGACACUGUUUCAUUCCACUGUGCAGGAGUGUCCGUGAGCAGCUAAUGACAAAAACAGCAUGGCAGGUCUUGGCCUAGUCCUCACUCAGCUGCUCUUAACGUGCUUGUUGACAGAUAUGAUAAUAUCAGGCUUUGUGCAGGUCUUGGUUUGGGGACAACAGCUCACCCUGAGCUUUUCCUAUGAAACUUUCCCUGCUGGUACCUUAUUACUGAGCUGAAAUGAAAUAGAUGUUCCAGACAGGUAAAGGUUAGAGGGAAGGGCCCUACUUGGCUCAAAACAGAAGGAGUGAGGACAAACUCUCCUCCUCCCUCUUUCCUUAAUCUGCCUCUGCUCUGUCUUCCCACCUGGCCUUCUCAGAAGGGCCCAUCUGCCCUGGAGCCCAGGCUAAAUGCAGUUGAUUUAGAAAGUCCCUAGCAGUUUCUGGGCGUGGUUUCUGCUUAACACCCUUGAUCACUAAUUUUUUCAGCACUAACCAUAAAAUAAAGCUUUGCUCACUCUUCCACUUAAUAGCUAGGUGACUUUGUGCAGGUUCUGAACCUCUCUGUACUUUUGCAAAAUGGGGAUCAUUAUGCCUGCAGCAUUGGGUGGCCCUGGGGAUUAAAUUCAUGAUCAGCAUAAAGCAUUUAGA